AUGACCCUCGAGAACAAGGCCGAGGCCUCCCCUGCCACCAAGGAGGAGACCACCACUGAGGCUGCCCCCGCUGAGGGAGAGGCCAAGACUGAGUCCUCCGAGGAGAAGGGCUCCAAGGAGGACCAGGGCGACAACGCCUCCCUCUACGUCGGAGAGCUUGAUCCCUCCGUUACCGAGGCCAUGCUGUUUGAGAUCUUCAACCCCAUUGGCCCCGUUACCUCCGUCCGAGUGUGCCGAGACGCCAUCACCCGACGAUCUCUUGGAUACGCCUACGUCAACUUCCACAACCAGGCUGACGGUAUCCGAGCUCUUGAGGAGCUCAACUACUCCCCCAUCAAGGAGCGACCCUGCCGAAUCAUGUGGUCUCAGCGAGACCCUGCUCUGCGAAAGACCGGAGCCGGCAACAUCUACAUCAAGAACCUGGACCCUGCCAUUGACAACAAGGCUCUGCACGACACCUUCUCUGCCUUUGGCCAGAUUCUGUCCUGCAAGAUUGCCACCGAUGAGUUUGGCAACUCUCGAGGUUUCGGAUUCGUCCACUACGAGUCUGCCGAGUCUGCCGAGUCUGCCAUCCAGCACGUCAACGGUAUGCUUCUGAACGACAAGAAGGUCUUCGUUGGUCCCCACGUCCCCAAGUCUGAUCGAAUGCAGUCUUUCGAGGAGCAGAAGAACUCCUUCACCAACGUGUUCAUCAAGAACCUUGGUACCGAGAUCACCGAGGCUGAGUUUGAGGAGCUCGUCAACAAGUUCGGAGAGACCUCCUCUGUCCACCUCUCCACCAAUGACGAGGGCAAGCCCACCGGUUUUGGUUUCGUCGACUACAAGGAGCACGACGUUGCCGUCAAGGCCAUCGACGGUCUGUCCGAGACUGAGUUCAAGGGAAACAAGCUCUUCGCCGGCCGAGCCAAGAAGAAGUAUGAGCGAGCCGACGAGCUCCGAAAGCAGUACGAGGCCUCUCGACUUGAGAAGCUCAACAAGUACCAGGGCGUCAACCUGUACAUCAAGAACCUCGAUGACACCAUUGACGACGACAAGCUGCGAGCCGAGUUUGCCCCCCACGGAACCAUCACCUCUGCUAAGGUCAUGGUUGACGAGGCUGGUAAGUCCAAGGGCUUCGGUUUCGUCUGCUACUCCUCUCCCGAGGAGGCCACCAAGGCUGUCACUGAGAUGAACCACCGACUUGUUGCCGGCAAGCCUCUGUACGUUGUCCUUGCCCAGCGAAAGGACGUCCGACGAUCUCAGCUCCAGCAGCAGAUCCAGGCCAAGAACCAGAUGCGACUCCAGCAGCAGGCUGCCGCUGGUGGUCUCCCCGGCCAGUACAUGGGCAACCCCGGUGUCUUCUACCCCGGCCAGCCCGGCUUCAUGCCUCCUGGACGAGGUGGAAUGCCUUUUGGUGCUAACCCCCAGAUGAUGAUGCGACCCCCCAUGCCUCCCCAGAACCAGUUCCCUCCCCGAGGUGUUCCCGGUGGCCCCAACAUGUACGGCGCUCCUCCUCAGGGCUACCAGCAGGGUGGUUUCCCUCCCCAGGGCCCCAUGCGAGGCGGCCAGCCUCCCCGAUCCGGCCAGCCCGGUCCCCAGGGUCAGUUCCGAGGUGCUCCCCGACGAAAGGACGGUGAGUCCCGAGUUGCCGACUCCAUUUCUAACGCUCUUGAGAACGCUCCUGAGGAGCAGCACAAGCAGCUCGUUGGUGAGGCUCUGUACCCCAAGGUUCUCGCUGAGAAGGCCAUUGAUGGUAACGCCGAGUUUGCCGGUAAGAUCACCGGUAUGCUGCUCGAGAUGCCCAUCAAGGAGAUUCUCGAGGUCAUUGACGACGAGGAGGGUCUCCAGGCUCAGAUCAACGACGCCAUCACCGCCUACAACGAGUACCUCAACUCUCAGAAGGAGGAGUAA